AUGGAGCCCCAGAUGGCGGACCUCACCAUGACGGAGGUGUUCGGACCACUCCUGCGCAAGAGGACGGGCCCCAACUCGGAUUCGUCCCAGGCGACUCAGCCGGAGCGCCCCACCAAGGCGGGGAAGCAGAACGACGGAGGCAAGGGGAGGGGACAUCAACGGAAGGGCAGGGAACGCUACGGGAAUGGCACAAGGGGCUCGCAGCAGCAGGGACAGGGGCAAAACUCGGGCAUCAGCAAGGAGACACUUCGACUGGUCACCAGGGCUUUGAUCCACCAACAAGAGGCCAUCGAUACCCUGCGUCUCAGCACGGGUUGGGUCUGGUGGCUUCGCAUCCCGGAGCCCAGUGUAGUGCCGACGUUGGUUCAGGCAGCGGAGGUCUGGAGAGAGCAGGCCGUGCUGAAAGACAGCAAGAUUCAGGAUACGCCACUGCGCCAGGCCCUGUUUUGGAGCAUGAUGCAGUUUCUGAGAGGGACCCUGGAGACCAUGACAGAGGCGAACCUCAAGCUCUCCAAGGACUCAGGCUGGGUCAACGAGCAGGGCCACUGGGUCUUUCAGAGAUGGAAUCCAGAGCUGAAGGCAUUGGAGGUAGACCCGAACAAAAGUGCACUCACUCACGAGACCCUCAUGAAGAUCAUAGUGGACAUCCAAAGCUUGACGCAUCGAGAGACGCUCUCCCGAUUCCACGUUCUGAAAUCCCUAGAGCCGGAAAUGGAGGGGCAAACGGUCAGGGUCAUGAUGGACAUUGCACUGCGGUGCCCGGAGGCAGACCGGAUGUUCAAACAGCUCUCGGCGCUCCAGGGCAACGCCGCUCUACAGAUCGUCGGUCUUCAGUUUCGCCGCUCGACCAUGCAGAGAUCCCCGGUGAUCAAGCAGCUGAUGGAGAACGCGAUGGCUUCGGCAAGGGGAUUUACAACUGCAGGUGCCCAGGCCAUUGCUUUUAUUCGCAGGCUAAGCCCUCGCCCACACUUCAUACCAGGCAUGCUGUUGUGGAGAUUUGUGCUGUCGGGCUGGGCCCGCGCUCAGGACCAACACGAUUGUGCAGAGUUCAUGCACCGUCUGAUUGCGAAGAUUUGCCCCCAGGCGACGGCCGGGGAUUGGUUACGUGAGACCGAAAAGGCCAGCUGUGACCAGGCACUAGCUCUCGAGCUGCCUGCAGGGGUUCAGCUGAGCGCCCAGUUCAUGAUUCACCAUUGGCAUCUCCAGUCCUCGGUUUAUGCACUUAGGCGCCCACCGGUGAUCUUGAUGUUACAGCUUUCCAGGUACUCGCUCGGGCCCGAGGGUGCGAGGAAAAACCACGCCAGUGUUAGCUGGCCUAGAUUGCUUAACAUCCCGUGCUUUGAUGCUGACGGGAUUGAAUCACACAACAUCACAUACAUUGUGGAAGCUGCCGUUCUCCACCAUGGUCAAAGCACGCAAUCAGGCCAUUACACUGUACUCCUACAUCAGUCCCAAGGCGUUGACUGGCUCUGUGACGACGGGGUCGAGCCAAGGCGUGGGGACACUCCCCACUCUCUCUAG